UUUCAGGUUACUAACUGUUACUAACCGCAAAAUCUCAAAAGAAGAAGAAAAGAUCAUGGAGAAGGAAGGAAAUAAAAAUGAAAACAGCAAGAUGCAGCUUGAAAGAACUAUCGGAUAUUUUGGAGGCGUUAGCUUUAUAGUGGGUACAAUUGUAGGUGCGGGGAUCUUUGUCUCCCCUACUGGAGUGCUGAAAUAUUCUCUGCUCAAUGUUGGUGUUGCACUGAUCAUCUGGACUGUUUCUGGCAUCAUCUCUUUGAUGGGCGCUCUCUGUUAUGCAGAGCUUGGCACGGCGUUACCAUUUUCAGGAGGAGAAUACAGCCAUAUAAAGAGAGCCCUCGGCUCUCCACUGGCUUUCGUCUUUCUGUGGACAUCGAUGUUCAACAAACCAGCCUCAAAUGCCGCCCGAGCCUUGCUCUUUGCUGAAUACGCUACCCAGCCUUUCUAUGGUGUGUGCCCGGCUCCGGAAGUGCUGAAAAAAUGUCUGGCUUUGGCUGUUCUCUGGUUUCUUGGAAUCCUCAAUGGGCGAAGUGUCAAGAUGGCUGCUUGGGUGCAGACUGUUUUUACCAUCCUGAAGAUGAUGGCUCUGUCCGUCAUUGCAAUUGGUGGAAUGGUCCUGUUGAUCAGAGGAAGGAAAGAGAACAUAGCGAGAUUUGAGCAUGCUUUCAGCUCCGAGAUUCCUGAUGCCGCUCAGAUUGCAGAAGCGUUUUUCCAAGGGCUCUACGCCUAUGGCGGCUGGUGGUCUCUCAAUUAUUUGGCAGAGGAGGUCAAAAACCCCAGCAGAAACAUUCCUUGGACUGUGAUGACUGCACUUCCUUUAGUAACAGUGUUUUACUUGCUGGUGAACAUUUCAUACCUGACAGUACUCACACCGAAGGAAGUUGUUUCUUCAGUUGCUGUCGCAGUCACGUGGGCUGACAGAGUGAUCCCUUCAGUUGCUUGGGUAAUUCCUGCAUCUGUGGCUAUUUCAAUAUUUGGGGCCCUUAACAGCAGCAUGUUUACACUUGGACGACUAAGCUAUGCUGGAAGCCAAUCUGGACACUUGCCUGUUAUAAUAUCCAUGCUUAACAUCCAGUACUGCACUCCAGCACCAGCCAUGAUUUUCUCCACCGUGAUUGCAUCCAUUUUUAUAAUCCCAUCCGAUCUAAUUGCUUUGACUAAUUAUUUUGGAUUCUCCAUUUGGCUCAUGGUUGGAUUAACGUGCACGAGCUUGAUUGUCCUCCGGUACCGAGAGCCUAAUCUACACAGGCCUUACAAGGUUUUUUUACCAGUUGCCUUUGGAAUGGUGGCAGUUUCAUUGUUCUUAGUUUUAGCUCCAGUAGUUUGGACUCCAAAGAUGCCGUACAUCUACGCUUCCCUUUUCAUGCUUGGGGGCCUUCUCUUCUAUCUGCCUUUUGUGCAUUUCAAAGUACAUUUUGAGUUUUUUGACAAAAUCACUUGCUAUCUGCAGCUGUUGCUGGAGGUUUCGCCUUCAGAUGAUAAAACUGAGUAAGGGCAAAAGUUUAUACUCUGUGGUACUGACUGGUAAUGAA